UCCACCUGUCCGAGAGGGGGCGCUGCUUUGUGAUGGGCAAAAGAUGAAGCGGACACUUGUUGAUAGAAGUCACACCUGAGUCUCAAAACGGACAGGGAAUAUUUGUGUUUGUGUUAUCAACACUACAAGAGUCUUUGGGAGAUGUGUUGAUUCCAAGUAGCAGGGAGGAUGUGGAACCCGUCACAUGUUCAGUUUACAGUUCUGAGAGCACGGAAUCUGAUCAGUAAAGGAAAAGGAGGUAACAACGACGUGUUUGUCACCAUCCAGCUGGGGAAGGAGAAGUAUCAGACAUCCACCAUCAAGAAUGCUCACAACCCGGAGUGGUUUGAAGAAUGUGACCUCCCUAUUCCUCACAUGCACUCGGAGAUUGAGGUGAACAUCUACCACCGAGGUGUUCUGUCUGAUGACUUCCUGGGGUACGCCUCCAUCCCUAUGUGGGACCACAAGGUCGGAGAGAGGCCGAAGAGUCAAUGGGUGACACUGAAGAACAAACCGUCCAAGGGGCAGGACAACAAGCUGCGAGGGGAACUAGAGGUCAAACUGACCUUCCACGUGGAGAGUCGGACAAAUAUUGGACCAGGACUCAAGAAACGGUCCUCUUCUAUACGAAACCUGGCCAAUGCUGUUGGGGACAAACUGGGUCUGUCAAGAAGCAAAUCUUUUCGAGAAAAUAGAAAAGACCCUGAAGGAAGCAAAUCUGAUCGUCGCCAAUGGCGACCAGGAACAGAUCCUGUUUUUGAGGAAAAUAAGGAGGCCAACUCUGCGUACCUGCGUCGGACGUCUAGCUCGCACCCUAACCUUCGCCAUGUCGGACAAUCACCCAGCAAUAAUUUCCCAGCGCUCGAUGUCGAGCGAUCUAGCUGGACACCUAACGAUCAGUCUGGGGAGGCGCUUUCUCGGAGCUACAGCAUGUCAGCAGCCUACAUCAAAUCCAUGUCCCUGGACCGCGGAAGCCGCAACAUCAACAACAACCACACCCAUUCCCAGGAGUUAGUACAGGACACACCUCCGGCAGCUCUGUACAUUCCUGGAAACAGAAGAAGCUGUGUGGAGUUCUCCAACUACACUCUGCCUCCCCCUCCAUACAACCCACAACAAGUAUCCCAGGACGAUACAGCCAUAAUAAUGCAUGGACCCAUGCGGUCCCUCGCUCCUCGAACACAGCUGUCGUCUACCUCCUCGUACAUGGAAGCCAUCAAGAAACGUGAACGAGCGAUGUACGAGAGUAUUAAGGAACGAACUGAGCCCGAAGAGUCAUCCUCGUCAGACGAGGUUGACGCUGGUUUGGCCCGUGCUAGACCACGGCGUCUUUUUCUUAAGGAUCUGAAUCGUGAAAAUGAUGCCGAUGUUGAGAGUAUGAGUGAAGUGACAGUUAAGCAGGGUGUGAUGCUGAACGGGACUCUGGAAUCCGGGGAAACCACUUCAGGCCCAAGUGUAGGAAAUACUGGAGAUUUUACUCCUGAAAAUGGUCACAAAGACUCUCGGCAGGAUGUGAUGCCAAAUGGGCAUGCCCGGAGGGAACAAGAUCAUCAUCAUCCCCCAAAUAGCAGGAAGGUUGUGUCGGUCAGGGAUGACCUUUCCAAUACCAUGCAGUCUCUACGGAGGGAGAAUGGACAGGGCGAGGUUGCUCUUAGAAAGAAGUCCAAGAGAGACAGGAUCAGGAAACUCAAUAAACAAGGCCGCCGGUACACAGUGCAAGGUCUGGACUUCCGUCCCCCUGGGCUGUAUGAUGACAGCUUCUCCGACAUGAGUGACUCCACAAAACCCAGCAACUCCAACAUCGCCCACGAGGACCUGAUGGCCAUGUACAGAAACCUAACCAAAGAUGAACUUGUCCAUAUAGUCAUCCAGAACAAGGCACAGAUGAUUCGUAAAGAUCGCUAUAUCGGUGACCUUGAGAGCUACAUCGACGACCUCCUUGUCCGUGUGAUGGAGACCCAGCCACGACUGCUACACCGGGCACGCCCACCUCGCCACUAACAACACCACCAACUGGCAUAUCAACCUCACACUAUGUUACCAUACUAUAUCAUUUGUACAUUGGUUAUACAGGAAUAUGAAUAUCUGUGUUUUGACAAACAGAGUUCGCUGAAAAAGUGAUACUUAGACAGCAAUACAUUUAUGUGAUUUUAUGAAAAAUGUUUUUAAUAUUUUAAAAGGAUUGAUAAAUGAUUGAUGAGUUUUGGUAUUAUGUGAGAUAAACCAAUUAAGCAAUGAACCGGUGCUCUGAAAUAUUAAUCUCAACAAUAUAAUACACCAUUUACUUUAUUCUGUAUUGGUGUGAAUCAGCUGAUCAAUGGUUCCAGUUACCUAUAUAUCAGAUAAUGGAUGUAGAUCCACAUAUUUUCAGAAUUACAUGAAGUCUAUUACGUUUGGUCAUAAAUUUGUGUCGUCUUGAAAUAAGAAUUGACUUAACUAUAAUUUAAUUUGGAAAUUUAUCAGGUUUUCCUGUAUUCCAUUACACCAAAAAAACUAUUGCCAUGGAUACUCCUAAAAGCAUUAUUAUACAUAUUGUGUCAUGAAAACCUAUUAUUAUUAAUAACCCUGGGCGACGUUUUGAUGUAGAUUCUUACACCAUUAUCAAGCUGAAACGUUUUAGUUUGAUAAUUGUGAAAGAAUCUACAUCAAAACAUUUCUCUAUGCAAUAAACAGGAAGUUGUUAUCCAUGAAGUUGUAUGCUUCAUUUCUGACUCUCCAACUUCUAGAAUGCCGAUCAAACAAUUAUUGAUAACCCUGUGGGACGUCAGUGUAUAGUUUCAGUUGUGUAUUCUCAUGAUAUUGACCUUUCUGAACAUUUAGGGGGGCGGUGGGGUAGCCUAGGGGUUAAAGCAUUCACUUUAAACUCACUCACCUUACUCUAAAAAUAUAUAUGG